AUGCCACCGACUACUAAAUUGAUGGAAGAUGCUAAAGAGAGCUCCUAUGGCUUUGUUUACGGUGUUUCCGGGCCUGUCGUAACAGCCGAGAAAAUGGCCGGUUCAGCAAUGUACGAGCUGGUACGUGUUGGGCAUUCUGAAUUGAUCUGGCCUGUGCGCCAGCCACGUCCGUGUGCUGAAAAAUUGGCAGCUAACUUUCCCUUACUGUGUGGUCAACGUGUUCUGGAUGCAAUGUUCCCUUGUGUUCAAGGUGGUACUACUGCUGUUCCAGGAGCAUUCGGCUGUGAACUAACUAUGGAAGUCAACGGUGUCACUACAUCAAUUAUGAAGCGUACAACUUUGGUCGCUAACACAUCAAAUAUGCCUGUAGCUGCACGCGAAGCAUCGAUUUACACCGGCAUUACGCUUGCUGAAUAUUUUCGUGACAUGGGUCUAAAUGUUUCAAUGAUGGCUGAUUCUACAUCACGGUGGGCCGAAGCUCUUCGUGAAAUUUCUGGUCGUUUGGGUGAAAUGCCUGCCGAUUCUGGAUACCCGGCAUAUUUGGCUGCUCGUCUGGCAUCGUUCUAUGAACGAGCCGGUAAAGUAAAGUGCCUCGGAAGUCCAGAACGUGAAGGAUCGGUUACUAUUGUGGGUGCUGUUUCACCACCUGGUGGUGAUUUUGCUGAUCCAGUUACCUCGGCUACUCUUGGUAUUGUUCAAGUGUUCUGGGGAUUAGACAAGAAACUGGCGCAGCGCAAACACUUUCCAUCCAUUAAUUGGCUAAUAUCAUACAGCAAAUAUAUGAGAGCACUGGAUGAAUAUUAUGACAAAAAUUUCCCAGAAUUUGUUGCCCUACGUACAACAUGCAAGGAAAUUCUUCAAGAAGAAGAGGACUUGUCCGAAAUUGUACAAUUAGUGGGUAAAGCUUCAUUAGCUGAGUCGGACAAAAUUACCCUAGAAGUAGCUAAGUUGAUCAAAGACGACUUUUUGCAACAAAACGGAUACACACCCUAUGACCGAUUCUGUCCAUUCUACAAAACGGUGGGAAUGCUGAAAAACAUGAUUGCUUUCUAUGAUCUAGCAAAACAUGCUGUGGAAUCAACAGCACAAGCUGAAAAUAAGAUUACCUGGGCAAUAAUUCGUGAUCACAUGAGUGAUAUUAUGUACGAGCUAUCGUCUAUGAAAUUCAAAGAUCCAGUCAAGGAUGGUGAGCAAAAAAUUAAAAAAGAUUAUGAUGAAUUAUUAGAACAAAUGCAGACUGCGUUUAGAAAUUUAGAAGAAUAA